UUCCGUAUUAGGUCUGCUGAUUCGGAGGAAUCACGCGGAAGUAGUAAAUUAGACGCAUCAAGUAGUGCAAAUCACCAACCAAAACCGUGACAUUUUGGAAAACUAAUGAAAGUAAAGUUUAUUUUAAACAAGAGGACAUGUGCCAGUUCCAUUCCGAUUGUUAGGUUAUUCCGUAGAGAUAGCCUAUAGUCAUCAGAUAGAGUUAUGGCAUGCAGCGACUCUAUGGUGUCAAUGAAUGGAACUCAAGUUUCCUAUAUUGGACAUGACUGUGAGGACAUCCCAGAGUACCUUGGAGAAAGAUAUGGACUCUUGACAAGACGGCUAGAUCUCAGCUUCAAUCAGCUAAGGUCACUGGCGGGCCUCAAAGCGUUCACUGGGCUGGAAGAACUGGUCGUCGACAACAAUCUGCUCGGAAACGACCUCCAGUUGCCCAGGUUACCCACCCUCCACACCCUAACACUCAAUAAGAACCAACUGACUGACAUUGAGGAGCUGCUGGAGCACUUGGCGAAGGCGACACCGUCGCUGCAGUACCUCAGCCUGCUGGGAAACGAGGCCUGUCCCAACCAGCUGGUCAGCCUGGACAAGGAUGAGGACGACUACCAGAGAUACAGGUAUUUUGUUCUGCACAAGCUACCCACCCUAAAGUUCCUAGACACUAGGAAGGUUUGUAAGAUUGAACAGCAGGAGGCUGAGGCACGGGGAGCCUUCAUGAAGGUGGUUAAACCCAAGUUAUCAGACACGGUGGCCCCAGGUGACCCCAGGUCUGAGUGUUCCUUUAUGCCCUACACCCCUCUACCCAGAGGCUCUAGAGACGGCAAGAACCACAAAGGUGUGUUCGCCAAGUGCCAUUACGUCUACUAUGGAAAGCAUUCGGAAGGCAACCGAUUCAUCCGCAAUGACCAACUCUGAUGGACUGACAGAGAGACGCAAACACACGCACACAAGCUUCAUUAUACAAGUCGUUAAAUAAAAAUGCAAACAUCUUCAUUAAAAUGUCUCUUCCAUAACCUAUACUGUCACUCUCAGACCCCAGUCCUGGGGCCGUAUCUAUCAAGCUUCUCAAAGUAGGAUUGCUGAUCUAGAAUCAGUUUUUGAUCAUGAAUGAGAUUAUAUGGACAGGGGGGACCUGAUCCUAGGUCAGCAUCCUUCUCUACGCUUUAUGAAUACGGGCCUUGUAGCGUAGUGGCCUGGUCUCCUCCUCCUCCGCUGAGCUGUGGCUGGCUCCCCUGUCAGCUCCACUCUCCUGCCCCAGAGUGAACAUUGACACUCACGUUGACAUAAUUGCAUUCAAGCAGCAGUGCUCCACAUAAACACAACCAUAUACAAAAAUGCAUGCAUGCACGCACACGCACCCACAGAACUGUUCGCGCAAGUGCAAGCACUCUCUCUUUCACACCCACCCGCCCACCCAAACAACACACACACACACACACACCCCGUGGCCACAGUGAUGGACAGCUCCAGCCAAGCGGCUGAUUUGACAGCCACAGCAGCCAUGAUGGAUCACCCGUCCCCUACCGCCACUCAUCAGGGGUCAGAGGUCAAACCUGAUGCCUCACUGGGCCUGUGUGAGUGUGCAUGUGUGAGGGGGACUGGGGCGUAAUGAUGUAUAUUUCAAAAUGUAAGUAUACAGUAAAUUUCACUUUUAGAGUGUCAGUUAGGAGAAAGAGAGAUACAACAUAAAACAAAAAGUUUUUAAAACGUUUA